CAUCAGUUGGAGCUCAAUUGUUGAUCAGAUCACAUCUAAGGGAUUUAGGAGCACAGAAGAGCCGAGAUUUGAGGAAAGACACCCCACUGAAUCCUUCCACACUCCUCCUCCUCCACACCUAGGUUGCAAUAUCUCUCUCACAGAAAGAAAUCAGAACGGAAAAAGAAAAUUACUGGCUCGAUUUCUGUUCUCUCGCCCUGCCUGACUCCAUGCCGCUGCCGCCGCUGUGCCCGCGCCCCGGAGAUGUCCUUCCCCCAGCUGGGCUACCCGCAGUAUCUCAGCGCCAGCCAGGCGGUGUACGGGAGCGACCGGCCCGGGGUGCUGGCCGCCGCCGCCGCCGCCGCAGCCGCCGCCGCCGCCGCUUCGGGCCGGCCGGCGGGCGCCGAGCUGGGCAGCUCGGCCGCUGUCACUUCGGUGCUGGGCAUGUACGCGAGUCCCUACAGCGCCCCCAACUACAGCGCCUUCCUGCCCUACACCGCCGACCUCGGCCUCUUCUCCCAAAUGGGCUCCCAGUACGAGCUGAAAGAUAAUCCUGGUGUCCACCCUGCUACCUUUGCUGCCCACACUGCCCCCGGCUAUUAUCCCUACGGACAGUUCCAGUAUGGGGACCCAGGGCGACCCAAAAAUGCCACCCGGGAGAGCACCAGCACCCUCAAGGCCUGGCUCAAUGAGCACCGCAAGAAUCCCUACCCCACCAAGGGCGAGAAGAUCAUGCUGGCCAUCAUCACCAAGAUGACCCUCACCCAGGUCUCCACCUGGUUCGCCAAUGCCCGCCGUCGGCUCAAGAAGGAGAACAAGGUGACCUGGGGAUCCCGGAGUAAGGACCAAGAAGAUGCCAACCUCUUCGGCAGUGACAAUGAGGGGGACCCCGAGAAGAAUGAAGACGAUGAGGAGAUCGACCUGGAGAGCAUAGAUAUAGACAAAAUUGAUGAGAACGACGGGGAGCAGAGCAAUGAGGAAGAGGAGGAGAAGCCUGAGCUCCUGAGACAAAGCAGUGAAGAGGACCAUUUGGAAAAAGACAAGGAUUUGGUACUGUCAGGGUCUGAAGGACUGAAACCCAAAGACACGCUGGCCAUGGUGAAGGAGGCCUCUGACAACAGCACACGAAUCAUCAGUCCUGGGGGACAGAGCAAUUUGCAGAUGCCAUCUCACAGCAAACCCAAGAUUUGGUCUUUGGCAGAGACGGCAACCAGCCCUGAUGGUGGCUUGAAAUCCUCCCCGCCUCCACCCCCUCCUCCCCAGGUUAACCAUACUUCUUCACAGAUCCAGCAUCCUGCAUUUCUCCCCAGCCAUGGACUCUACACGUGCCAGAUUGGCAAAUUUCACAACUGGACAAAUGGGGCUUUCCUCACACAGAGUUCCCUGCUAAAUGUGAGGUCCUUUUUGGGAGUAAAUCACCACCACGCUGCUCACCACAACCACCACCUCCAGGCCCAGCAACAGCCUUCUGUUUUAACAGCAACCCUGGGAGCCCUAAGCAGUGAAAAACCUUCAGAGAGGACCAGUCCCAAACACCUAGAAAGAGAAAAUGUACCAAGAACUGAAUCCCCACCUCAGCCGCUCAAAUCGCCCUUCCAGCCUGUCCGUGACAACUCUUUGGCUCAGCAAGAGGGAACACCGAGAAUUUUAACAGCUCUCCCUUCUGCUUGAUUAAAUGGUUUGCUGAAAAAAAA